UAAUUCUUCACGUACAUGUACAAGUACUUUACAACACAUGCUAACAUCGUCAUUGUUGAAAAGUAUUUGUUUUUAUAUUUAAUGAUAAAAGUUUAAAAUAUUUGUCCGGGAUUUAUUAUUUUCUUUGACGUCCGAAAGUUAUCUGGAUGCUAGAUUUCAUCAUAAGGAGGCUGUUUCUAUGACGUCACAAUGUAGCGAAAACUUUGACGUCACAAUCUCAAAAUGAAUCCAUCAAGGAGUCUGGAGAGUACGGAGUAUGGCCACCCCUCCCCCCGGUGGGGAGAGUACGACACCACAGAGAGUGGGAGGGACCACAGGAGGAGCGAUGGGCUGACCAGAUUUCGGAAUAAUUUUGACUGCUGUCACCAAGUUCCAUUAGAAGGCCGGCCCACGGAGAGGUUCGAGGGUCAUAUGAUACCUAAACCCAACAAUGUCGAUUGCAGCUCUCUCACCAAUACAAAAAGCUACCGCACCAGUAGCAAGGAAAGGGAGGCAACCUUCGAGGUUUUUCCCCAACAUCAAACCACGCGCUUAGACGAUGAAGGAAAUUUCAUUCUUGAACAACCCACCAGAGAGGCCAUUAAUCAAUUGCGCCAAAAAAUGUACGGCAAUUCUCGCUACAACAUCAUCUAUCCUGAAAAUACCAAUCCCGAUAAUCUCGGGAAUUCUCGCUCCCUCUGUGAGGCGGGAAAACCGAAACGCGUUCGAUUUGCUGAUGACAUCGGGUACAAUUUAGAAAUAAAGCCAACCCCUCGACAGGAUUAUGAAGCAAUCAUUAAUCUUGAAAACUGGCCUCGUUUUGAACCAGAGCCCGAAAGUGGUCCCGAAGCUUUCUGUACGUAUUUCGGACACACUGAUAAUUCUAAAGUCUGCGCUUCAAAUUAUGAGUAUCCGUUUACGGUCCCAGUUCCUCCAAAACACAUGGAAGAUGAGAGGCAAAUGAGAAUAUCAGAUCUGGAUAAAAAUCAAAAUUACCAUUUCUUAACCGCUGCCAUUUACAACUAUCGCUUACCAUCAGCGUUGCACCAGGAAGAUUUCACCAUUGCGGAUAAAUCAACAUUAACUGAUAACAAUGAUGUCGCACCUAAGAGGACUCCGCCAUCAGAUCUAGUUAAGAGGCAUAAACGUCCAGCAAUUCCAGAGAAACUCCUACUGGAUAUGAAGAAUGUAAAAGACGAAAUGAGACUGAUGGAGGCAGAAGCUCCUGGGAUCUCCAGAACGAUUUCUGUGUUGCAGAAGAGUGAUCUCCCCUGCACAAUCAAUCAGUGGAUCGACUCGGCAGACUCGGAAAAACUGCGUCUGAAGGGGAAGUCUGAAUCACAGAAAAGGUUCCACCAAGAUCAUCCCGACCCCGUGCCCGAUCUCAGGGAGCACACCCGCUACACCAAGAAGGUCUUCUUCGACGGCUUCAAUUCGUGCGCUUAUAGAGGAUAAGUCAGUGAUCAGUUAUGUACAUAGAGAAGGAAUAAUAAAUUUGC